GGCGCGGCCCCGGCCCGGCCGCUCCCGCUGGGCGCCCCCGACCGGGUCCGGCCCGGGGGGCGGGGGCCGCGGCCGCCGAGGAUGGGGAAAUCCAACAGCAAGUUGAAGCCCGAAGUCGUGGAGGAGCUGACCAGGAAAACCUACUUUACUGAGAAGGAAGUCCAGCAGUGGUACAAAGGCUUCAUCAAGGACUGCCCUAGCGGGCAGUUGGAUGCAGCAGGCUUCCAGAAGAUCUACAAGCAGUUCUUCCCAUUUGGAGACCCCACCAAGUUUGCCACAUUUGUUUUCAACGUCUUUGACGAAAACAAGGACGGACGGAUCGAGUUCUCUGAGUUCAUCCAGGCGCUGUCGGUGACCUCGCGGGGAACCCUGGAUGAGAAGCUGCGGUGGGCCUUCAAGCUCUAUGACUUGGACAACGACGGCUAUAUCACCAGGAAUGAAAUGCUGGAUAUCGUGGAUGCCAUCUACCAGAUGGUGGGGAACACUGUGGAGCUCCCCGAGGAGGAGAACACCCCUGAGAAGAGGGUGGAUCGGAUCUUUGCCAUGAUGGACAAGAAUGCCGACGGGAAGCUGACGCUGCAGGAGUUUCAGGAAGGGUCCAAGGCGGACCCCUCCAUCGUGCAGGCACUGUCCCUCUAUGAUGGGCUGGUAUAGUCCAGGGCCCAGAGCUGGAUGCCUGGGAACCAUCGCCUCCUCCCGUGCCAUGAGGCCACCUCAGCCCUGACACCACCCCGUGUGUCCCCCCAGCGUCCCUCCGCAGCCACACACAGCCGGGCCCUUGGACCGCGAGGCCCCGGCUCUCCCCCCACCUGCCCUGCACCCAGCCACCGCCUGAAGCCACUGACUCCAGUCGCCAGCCACCUCUGCUUGUCCAGAAAAUGAUAAACACAACGGAAAAGGCUACAGCCCUCUGCAAAACCAAGGACACGGCUGCUUGGCGGGCAGCCUCUCGGUUCCUCCUGCUCUCUCGCGCGCGUGCUUUUGUUUUUUAUUUCCAACAGACAUUUUAAAAGAAAAAAUAACAAACUACCUUCUGUCCUAGAAGAUACAGACUGACCGAUGGGGAGAAGGCCUGGGGACCUCAGAGAACUCUGCCUCCGCCUGGGCCCUCGGCAGCCGAGGAGCCCGUGGGGAGCCCAGGGGUGUCUGGGGGGGCCUGCCUGAUGGGCGUUACCUGUCAUCCCAUCCUCAGCAGCAAAGCCACCCGUGUGGCAAGGAUAAUCGAUGGUGAUGAUGGUGAUUUUUUGUGAUAACAGUAUUGUGCUUUUCGUGGGGAAAGUGAGGUGUUUUUUUUUUUUACAUACAUAUACAAUGGAUCUCUUUUAUUUAUUGGUUGUUAACUGUUGCUGCUGCCUCGUGUGUCCGAGCUCCCAGGGCUGCGGGGCCUACGUUUACACGUGCAGCCUCACCCACCUGCCCACACUCGCCUGGGAGGAGGGUGGCCUGCAGCGGCCAAGAAGCCAAAAACAAACUUUUUUUUUUUUUUUUCAAUACUGUGCUUGAUAUCUGGGGAGGGGAAAGGCGGGAAUUCCUAAAUGGCUACUGCGCUGUUCUCUCCAGCCCAAUGCCUCCUUCCAAAUCCCUUCUCCCCGCUGCCUCCCCACCUGUCCCCACCCUCUGUCCUCCUCUGGGUCCACAACAUUUUUUCUGAGGACGAACAGGGGACGUCUUUCAGUCUCUCAGCUCCUGCUUUGGUGUUUGCAGCAGCAUGGAAAGUGGAGAGCCUUUUCCUAAGAGCAGGAAGCAGGAAAGGUGGGGUUGGGUGCAGAGGCAGGAGUAGGAGGGGGGCUUGCAAGCUAGCAGCAGGGAGGGACACCUCCACCUCCGUGGGGGCGGGGCGGAGCUGAGAGCAGCGCACGAGCUCUUCCCUCUGCUUUUCCGCCUUCCUAUCUGCCUGUCCAUGUAGACUACACGGUGUUCUUCCCUGUCCCUGUCUUAGCUCAGAUGCGGGGAGGGAGGGGAGGAGAGAAGGGGUCCGGGCAGUCCUGUUGGGGUGGCUCUUGCUCCUCAGAGCUGUGGCCCACACUCCCUCACAGGAGACUUCUAGCUCUGCCUGCUACCGAGACCAGGGACAGCCCCAGAACUGUCACCAGGAUCAUCAGGCGACCCUAGACUGGUGGUCAGGAGCCCGAGGUUGGCCCUUGCUCCAUAAUGGCAGGCAACCCCCUGCCGUCUCUGGGUCUCACUUGCCCCGUCUGCGGAGCCAGGAGGCGCUGGCUGAUCGAUCUUGAAGGCCCUUUUCUGUGCUGACAUUGUAUGAGCCUGGAAUUCCAUUUUCUACCAUUUGUGAUUCUGUGGCCUGUGGCUAAGUUUGCCAGACCCUAGCAGACACGGGGACUGUCUGAGUCAUAGCACAGCCCCCACUUUGUCUCCUGCACAAGUCUUCAGGCACACAGCAGCCUUGGUUGCUUGUGUGUGGGGUCUGUCCCAGUAGCUGAAUAUGUCAGAUGACACCUUGUCCCUUUAUGCAGUGUUUCCUGGACACUUGGGCUCCCUUUUGGGCCCAGAACUGGUCCUCACCAAGGGAAGCCUUCUGGGUGGGGGAGCAGCCUCCCAGCUGUCUAGGGCCGGGCCUGGGUCUAGAGUUCUUGCUUCUUCUUUGCAAAGUCUACAGCCUGUCAUCCCAUCCCCAAGAGGGGAAAAGCUGGCCCUUGGUUCCCACUCUGGGUCAUUCUUGGUGUCCACUUUGCACUUCCAGGAAGCCAGAUUCUCCUGCUAAUUAACCCUCCGCAGCAGACUUUCAGCCCACGAACGCCCUCCACCAAAAAGCAGCUUUACCGUGCAGGGCUUGCAUGUCCUUUCCUGCUGGCUGAAGUGUUCUUCAGUGCUCUUGCACUGGCAGACCCUUGGGCUGCACCAUAGCCCCACUGUAAGCUCCGCAGGUCCUGCAGGGGUGGGAGCAGUGGUUCUCCCUUCACAGAUGACUUGGCACGUGGACUCUUCCUGGUCCCCGUGGGUCGGCUUCCUGCUCAGCCACUGGCCAGGAGGCCUGGCGCUUGCCACCAACUGUCGCAGUUGCUCAGCCCAGCUCUGACCUGGAACCCAGUGCAGGGGAUGGACUUGGUGACUUGGAGUUGAGGGGAUGACAGUGGGGCCUUUUCCUGGGUCAGAUUGCUUCUCUCUGGCCUCUGCCAGAGCCUCAAUUGGCCUCUGGUCAUGCAGCCUCUUCUGGAGGCGUCAGGGGAGUCACCUGUGGCUGCAAAUUGUCCGGGGUUGAGCAUGUGGACGCCUCCAGCUGAGGCAUCCAACCUCGAGACAGCCAUUGAGCACUGGUGUGCCAGGCCUUGUCCCAUCAUCCUGCCCUCUGGCCUUUUGGUUAGGAGCCACGGUGUGGCCUUUGGCCUUAGCAGGCAGUGUCCUUGGGCACUGCAGCCCAGUGUGCCUGUGGGUCCAUGCCUCGAGUACACUUUUGCUCCAUUCCCCAAGACCACCCAGAGCUGCCGGAAGGGCCACCCUUCUUCCUGGCAGGGUGCUGGACACUGGCCAUUUUUGCUCGAGGUUGCCAGUCAGGGAACGAUUUUUGUCCCUUCCUCCCCUAGCUGCAUCAGCACCCCCAUUUUUCAGCCCCAUCGGAUGCUGCUCUUUGGGGCUUCCAGCCCAGUGGCCAGGCCCUUGGUCCCUCUGCAGAGCCUCACUCUGGGGCCAGGGCAGGGACCAGCGCCACAGCCAGGACUUUUCCUCACAGCAUCAGCUCCCCACUCUGUGUUGAUGGUGACUUCGGAGAAUGUCACGAUUAUUCAAUAUUUGACAGGCAGCGUUUAAAAUAACAUCAAGGCAAACGUAUGUGUCAUCCUCUGUGCUGACAUCUCUUCCCCUGAAAUGCUUUUCAUUUGACAGCCAAUCUCCUAGACACCUGGGCUUUCAGUGACAUUGUCUCUUCUUUGGGGAGGGACUGGGGGAAGGUCAGGAUGCCUGGGGCUCCCUCCCCAGGGAGGUGGCCUCUCUCUGGAGAAAGCCCCCACUGCCCACAAGGGGAAAGCCACUCUCUUCCCAGCGCAGAUUCAGCGUUUAAGGGAUCCAAGGAAGCGCGGGGGGCUCCCUGGUGGUGGUGAGUGAUGAAGGCAUGUAAGGGGGGCUUCCACCCCAGCAUCAGGUGGUCCAAAGGGAGGCUAGAGAGGGAGGCUAGAGGUGGAGGCGAGGAGGGGCCCUGGGCCUCCAGCCCCACAGUAUUGACAGUAUGUCUCCCAGAUGCCCCUCUGCUAGGUCACUCCCAGGGAUAGCAAGUUAAUCAGCAUAAGGGCACUGUGAUGGGAAGCCUUGUCCCCCCACUUUUUUUUUUUAAUAUCUGCGGAAUAAACCCAAUGGUUAAUUUUUGAAUGAAUAAAAGGCUUUUGUUGAAUAAACAGCUGGUCACAUCUUG